CCCUACACUAAUCAGAAGCCUUUAUAUCCACUUAGUUAGUCAGGCCCAGUAUCAACGGAAAUAUUAACAAGGCCCAAUACUGAAUGCACUCAUUUUCUGAGCCCAACUGGGCAGUUCCAGCAGCAAUUUUGGCCCACUUAGUUAGUCACGCACGCCAAUCCAAGAAAUAAGAAUGUUCGUCCGACCAGGUUCCGUUCAUUCCAAUUUUCCUUUCCCGUCCGUGGAAUUUUUCCGGGAAAGGGAAAACUUGCUCAGUACCCGCGAAGAAGCAAGACUUUGAAACGAAGUGAAGAAAGAAGAACGAGCCGCCAUCUCUGCUCAUUGUAGCGUCGAUGUGGAGGUAUGAACAUCUCUUUUCUCACCAUCUACUCCUUUGGCCGUACUUUUCUUUCCCUCGAACUUCCGUCCAAGUCAAAGUGUUGAUUUUAUAGCGAAGGAUGGAUGAAUUAAUCAGUUGAACUCCCAAAUUCUUUGAUUUUUCGUAUCCGGGUCGCUUUAAUUUCGUGCUGGAAGUUUCGGGUUCCUCCUAAAGUGUUUGAAUUUGAGACUGAACUAUUUGUAUGUAGAAUCGUAGAUGAUAAUGCAUUAACAGUGAUCUUGACUCUUUGGGGGUGAAAGUAUGUAUGUUUUAGGUAACCCCAGAAAGAAGUUAUAUACUUUAGAUGCAUGUCUUUCAACUGGAGUUUCCUUAGUUUGAGAAAAAGGAAUGCUGAAUUGAUCAGGUUCCCUUGUGCCCUUUGAUAGAUUGCUGGAUUAUGCUAUUCUGAAUUGAAUUCUGGACCUGUGCGUGGGUUGUAUCGCUAGUUCUUCUCGGCCAAUGGAACACCGAGAAGAUAUGAAUUCCAUUCUGCCAUUCUUGCCGGUCGUAAUGCGGUCUUCCAGUCUGUUCUGGCCUUCGCACACUGUUGAAGCGAUUAAAUCGCUCUCCAAAGGACCCAACACCAGCAAUGUGACCUCUGGAGAAUCACUUUUCGAUUGCGUUUCUGAUAUAAGAAGCUCUCUGAAGCUUUCUUCUCUAACGCUCGCACGCUAUACUCCAGAAGGUUUUGUCCUCUUCUUUGAUGAGCUGAUCUCCCGUGUAGAGGCAAGAAAAUGGUUUGAAGAAGUUCUUCCAUCUUUGGCAAAUUUGCUCCUGGAAUUGCCCUCUCUGUUAGAGUCCCACUACCAGAAUGCAGAUGACCUGAUUUGUGGGGCUCAAUUUCAUGUUAAAACUGGUCUCAGAUUGUUGGGUCCCCAAGAAGCUGGCAUGGUAUUCCUCAGCCAGGAACUGAUUGGGGCUCUCUUAGCAUGUGCUCUCUUUUGUUUGUUUCCAGCUGAUCAUAGAGGAGCAAAUGAUCUCCCAACGAUUAAUUUUGAUCUUUUAUUUUCGAGUCUGUAUAGCAGUUACAAGGAGAGCCAAGAAAGCAAGAUAAAAUGCAUAAUACACUAUUUUGAAAGGAUAUGCUCUGUUAGACCUGUCGGCGUUGUAUCGUUUGAGAGGAAAGUUCUCUGUUUGGAACAAGUUAUUAAAUAUGUUUCUUAUCCAGAGACUGAUUUCUGGGGCAAAUCUGUCACCCCCCUAUGCCCUUUUGAGGUUCGCCGAGAAGGCCUUAUAGAAGAUCAAUCUGAUGGAGCUCUUGAAGUGGAUUUUGCAAACAAGUAUCUUGGAGGUGGCGCUCUUCACAGGGGGUGUGUGCAGGAAGAGAUCCGUUUCAUGAUCAAUCCUGAAUUAAUUGUUGGCAUGCUUUUCUUACCGUGCAUGGAUGAUAACGAGGCCAUUGAAAUUGUUGGUGCUGAAAGAUUCUCAAAUUAUACUGGGUAUGCGUCUUCAUUUCGUUUCAGUGGGGACCAUAUUGACCAAAAAGGUUUCGAUAGCUUCAGGAGGCGUAAAACAAGGAUAGUUGCUAUAGAUGCAUUAUGUAACCCUAGGACAAGACAGUACAAACUCAACUACCUCCUCCGGGAAACCAAUAAGGCAUUCUGUGGUUUCUUUGUUCAAUCUAAAUGUGUAGUUGAGGGAGCUCACUGUGAACGGAAAAACACAGACUUCAACGGUAUUUCCAGGAAUAUGCUUCAGUCAGAUGAACUUCCCUCCAGUUCAACGGACGUUGAAAUGAUUGAUGCAGACUGUAGGAGCCAAGUGGUAGAAAAUCCCGACCGGAAGGGAAGCUUCCAUCUAGAUGAUGAAGAGACAGUUGGGAUUGCAUCUGGUAAUUGGGGCUGUGGAGCGUUUGGAGGAGAUCCUGAACUAAAAGCUAUGAUUCAGUGGCUAGCAGCUUCUCAGGCAGCUAGACCAUACAUUUUGUACUAUACAUUUGGAAUUGAAGCAUUGCAGAACUUGGAUAAGGUGGUUGAGUGGAUUGUAUCACAUGAAUGGGUUGUGGGAGAGCUUUGGAAUAUGGUGGUAGAAUACUCAUCUCAGAGAUUCAAUGGAGGUACUGAGCUUGGGUUCUUAUCAUGGCUGCUUCCAUCAUUGUCGUCGGCAGUGUGCGAAGACCAAGAAGAUGGAAUCUCAGAACAUCCCUAGCUAGAUCGCCCUAUGGUUUUGUUGCAGAAUAGAGCAUUAGGCACUAGCCACAGUAGUUUGAGUAUCCUUCAUUGGAAAAAAUUAAGUUUUAGAGCUUCGUGUAGUUUUAGUGUAAUUCUCUUAAUGAUGGAAGCCUAUUCCUACUAGACUUGCAGCAUAGUGGAAUUUUGUUUAUGCUGUCCUGAAUGUCUCUUUUUCUUUGUUUCGGCUAACAGCCUAAAACACGAGUAUUUAUUUCCCUUUUACAGACCAUCCUUUUCGACGAGUCAAGAGAGGCUGCAAAAGUAAUGAAAAGAUACUACUAAACAAUUGCAUCUUCAAACUCAAACUAAUACUAGAGACCUCGCAAUCCAAGCUCAUGAUUUGAUUUUAGCUACAAAGUACACACUCAAUGAUUAUGAGACCAUGAGCAAUUCAUGUAAUAAAUCAACACAAAGCUUCAAGGAGAGACGAGGAUAUCAUAUGAAUUCGGGUGAUUGAAAUGAUAAUUUUUCCCACUUUCAAGCAGUGAUGGCAAUUUCAACCCGCCUGCGGGUAUUACCCGACCUGAUCCGCAAUGGGGCGAGUAUUACCCGACCCGCAGUAGCGUGGGGCGGGGCAUGGAUAUCUACUUCCGACCCGCACUGUCCCGCCCCGCCCCGUUCUAGACUCAUUUUAUCUCAAUUCUUACAAUUUUUAUACAUAUUUCUCCUAUUUUGACUUUUCUUCAACCAGUUAGAGUCUCAUUUUCAACUUGUUAUACUCAAUUACUCAUUCAAUUAUCACUAUUUUUCAUUAUUAAAUUGUUUUACCCUUCGUUUUAUUGUAAAAAGUAAAAUUUAAUUGUAUUUUUUUCGAAUAACAUGUAAGAGUGGGUCGAUCCGUCCCAUACUCGCGCGAAUUUUACCCGCCCCGCAGUAGCGUGGGACGGAACAUGGGAAUUGAGGUACCCACCCCGUCUCGCCCCAUUGCCAUCGCUACUUUCAAGUUUCAACUUUUCUUUUUUAGAAAGUCGACGACAAUUCGUAUUAAUAAUCAACUCAUCUUUUUCAGUUUAUCCCCAUGCCUCAUCCCAUUCCCAUAACCACAGAGAGAUUUAAGCGACUUAGAGGGUUUUGCGAACUGAAGUGAAGGAAGCCAAAGGAGGAAACAACCAGAGAAAAAGGCAGCGACCAUAACCAAACGGUCAUCCGUUCUCCUUCCUUAUUUUCCCCUUUUCCCGCCAUUUCUCUGCUCCCCUGUCCUGAUAAAGUUCCCAACUUUUUCAGAAACAAGGUGAUGUAGUGGAGGAGAAAGAUUCGGCUUCUCACUGUAUUUUCUUCCGCCAUUUCUUUGAUUCGCUGUCUGUGGACUCUACUUGUUGAAGUUCGUAGCUUUUACAGAUGGGUAGUCUUCUUCCUAUCAUUUAAGCUGAUAAAUGAACUUUGGAUUUUUUAUCUGUAGCGGUGACAAAUUGAAAGCACAUGGGUCAUCUGGCUUUGGCAAUAUAUAAUUGGUCCUGGCUAGUACAAGGUCGACGAUUUGGUGAUUUGGAAUUGGGAAUUAGCAAGCUUGCUGCUCCUUCUUCCUCUUGUUGUCUCACUGCCCAAUUCUUGAAGAUCAAUUUGCAGGUUUGUGCUGCUUCUGAUAUACUGCUAUUGCUGUUGAUGAUUGCGUAAGUUUGCAAAAAUUCAGUCUUGUACUCAUGACGAAAAAUAUAUGUUGCAGGGCAGUCGUUACAGUGUUGAUAGAGUAAGAGCUUCUAUACCAGUUGAAAUCCUUAAUUCAGAUGAUGGAAAGAAAAGGAAAGGUGUAGAAUGCAGUGAUAGUGACAGGCGAGGAUAAUGAUGAUUCAGCCAGAAGAGAUAAGGCUAACGGCCCUUAUGCUAUGAAUCCUGAAGAGAGACGUGAAUGGAGGAAGAACAUUAGAGAAGAUUGACCGAUUAUCCACUUGUUGUGGAUGAAGAGGAUCCUGAUUGGCCUGAAGAUGCUGAUGGAUGGGGGUUUAGUUUGGGUCAAUUCUUCAACAAGAUCACUAUCAAGAAUGUCAAGAAGGAUGAUGGUGAUGAUGAUGAUGAGAAGUAUGAUAGUGAUAAUGAGAUUGAGUGGCAAGAUGAUGAUUAUAUUCAUCCGAUCAAGGAUAUUACCACUGCAGAAUGGGAGGGAACACUAUUCAAAGAUAUCAGCCCCUUGAUUGUGCUAGUUCAUAAUCGGUAUAAAAGGUCAGUUUUUUACUCUCGUUAUGCAUGCUGUUAAUUUUAUUCAAGUUGCAGAUGACUGUCUUUUGCCGGUUAAAUGCCUAAUUGAUAGGUUUCUAACUAAAGAUGGCUAAAUUAACAAAAGAUGACUGUCUUUUGCCGAUUAAAUGCCUAAUUGAUAGGUUUCUGACUAAACUAAGUGUUUCACUUUUCUCUUUGAAUUCAGCGAUACAAACAGCUGAUGAGUUCUCGAAGAUAAUGGCCUACUUCUAUUAUGGAGCAGCCAAGCCACCUUGCCUAGAUAAGAUUGGUGAUGGACAGGAAAUGAUCCCAGCUGUAAAGGUCAGUAACAAUCAGUAAAGCAAUAUCUAUUAUUGCAGCAUGUUGCCAAGAUUAGUCAACUUCCUGAUCUCUAGUGACAUGCUUAUCAUACAUAGUGUUGCUUAUAAAGUCGUUUGGAUGCUACUAGAUUAGUGGGUUUUGAAUUUGUUUGAACAUCUAGAUUCCCUUGAGAACUUGUGCAGAAGAUUUAGCUAAGCAUGGUCAAAAUUGCUAGAGUAAGUUUCAUGGGGGUUUCCUUCGGAUUUGGUAUCUUUCAUACAUAGCUCAGGUUUACGCAAUGAUUUGUUGACCAUGGAAGUGAUAAAGCAAAAGGGUAAUGAAUGAAUACUCACCUUCUGUAUCAUGGCUUAGUUAUGUUUUGCAGUGCAUUCUUGAAGGAUAGACUAUAGUUAAAUGUUCGAAUUCUUACCAACCUAUGGAAUUGUGUGAAAAUGCUACCUUCAAUUAGUGAUCUGGAUAAAAAAAAAAAGAGUCAGUUUGUCUAUCUGGCGUUAGUUCGAUUGAGUCUACUUGCCAAACAGGCUCGCUUGUGUCCGGAAGAAAUCCAUCUAUUAGAACCCCUUCACCCACUCAACCCAACCCUUUUCCACCUCAGGUCCAACUCACAAAACCGACUACCAACCUGUAAGAAAAUGCACCGAACCCGAGAUCCAAGUCACUCUUGAAUUGGAAAGGGUGAAAUCCUGUAGGGGCAUGGGGUGCAAAAAAUGCACCGAGCCUAUUUUGCAUAUUGACUACCUAAAUUAACAAUGGGUUAGACG